AAUAAACAAUCCUAGCAAAAUAUGGCUACUGCGAUGGAAGUUUUUAAGGAAAGCGAACGCUCUUCGAGCUCGAAUUCAUCUUCACAAGAAAGCGCUAGCGAGGAUGAAAUUCUAGAGCAAUCGUCUCUUAUUGUACCCUAUUCAAACGAACCGCUUGCUAGUAGCGGCGAUGAGUUUGACGAGAGUACAACAGACGACGAGGAUGGCAUUUCUUCCGAGACGCUCGGGAAAAGAUGGAGCAAGGACGUGCCAGUGAACUCAUGGUGUCAAUGUGGACGGUGCAACGAUCGUCACCUCAGUAGCGCAAGGGAAUAUCGUUGCUGUAAGGAAAUCCUUGAGUGUGCAGGGAAGUAUACGUAUGAGGGUAAGGAUGCUGCGUGCAUUGUGGAACAUUGGGAUUAUUUGCCAAUGGUUCACAGAACUGUGUUAAGUAACGUUGGGCAGUUAUUAACCAGGAAAGAUGGCACUAAAUAUAAAGAAAGAAAAACCAGAGUGAAAACGAGUGGGAAGAUCUUCAAAUGA